AUGGGUGGAAAUUCCCUCCAAAUUCUCCUCACUUUUGUUCUUUUUUUGUUGUGCACGAAGCCAACCCUCAGCUGCAUAGAGCAGGAGAGACAGGCACUUCUUAAGAUUAAGGAGGACCUUAUUGAUGACUAUGGUCAUCUUUAUUCUUGGAGUGCUGAAGAAGGGUCAAAAGAUUGUUGCAAAUGGGGAGGGGUCCGCUGUAGCAACCAAACAGGCCACAUAAUCAUGCUCAAUCUUAAUUUCUCCAACUUGGAACCUCUGAGAGGUAAACUUAGUCCUUUUUUGAUUGACUUACAAUAUUUGAAUCAUUUGGACGUACAAAACAAUGAUUUUAAUCAAAGUCAAAUCCCAAACUCCAUUGGUUCUCUCUCCAACCUAAUACACCUUGACCUUAAAUUUGCAAAUUUCGGAACAAACAUUCCUUUUCAUCUUGGGAACCUUUCGAGCCUGCAGUAUCUUGAUCUUAGCUGGAAUAAUUUUAAUAAUCCUGAAAACUUAGAGUGGCUCCCUCAACUUUAUUCUUUAAGAUACCUUGACAUGAGUUCUGUUAACUUGAGCAAAGUUAAUAAUUGGCUCCAAGUAGUGAAUAAGCUACCUUACUUGACAUCCUUGCACUUGGAAUCAUGUAAUCUUCCAAGUAUUUUCUCUGUUUGGCUUGUUAAUUCUUCUACUUCUCUUCAUUCCCUCGAUCUCUCUGAUAACAGUCUCACAUCUUCUUCUUCUGUACUACAGUGGUUGUUCAACUUCAACACCAGUGUUGUUAAACUUGAUUUACGAUUUAAUCAAUUUCAUGGUUUAAUUCCAGAUGGUUUUAGCAAAAUGAAGUCUUUGACACAUCUCUUUCUUGAUUAUAAUGAGCUUGAAGGAGGGAUACCAAAAACCUUUAGUGGUCUGUGUAAUUUAAAUACAUUGUCUCUGCCAGUGAACAAUCUUAACGGACAACUUCUUGAAUUUUUUCAUAACUUGACUGGUUGUGCUAGCCAAUCAAUAGAGGUUUUGAAUUUAGAUUGGAAUCAAAUCAUGGGAUCGUUACCUGACCUCGCAACAUUUCCAUCAUUGAGAGAAUUAGGGCUUCAUCACAAUCAUUUGAAUGGGACAAUACUUGACAAUUUGGGAAAACAAUCCAGGCUAGAGAGAUUGUAUCUUGGUCAUAAUUCAUUUGAAGGUUUUAUUUCUGAAGCCCACUUCUCAGAGCUUACAAAAUUGAAGUAUUUGGACUUAUCUAAUACCUCAUUGGUUUUCAACUUCAGCUCUGAUUGGGUUCCACCUUUCCAAUUAGAAAAAAUAGCUUUAUGGUCUUGCCAACUAGGCCCUCAAUUCCCAAAAUGGCUUCAAACUCAAAAAAAUUGCAUUUGGCUUGAUAUUUCUAAUUCUGGAAUUUCAGAUUCCCUUUUUAAUUCAUAUUGGAUCUUCUCUCCUCGAUUAGUUUAUAUGAAUAUGUCUCACAACCAAAUCAGUGGUCACAUACCAAAUUUGUCAUUGGAGUUCUCCUCUCCCCCCACAAUAGACUUGAGUUCCAAUAAACUGGAAGGUGAAAUACCAUCAUUUUUAUUUAAAGUUACUCAUUUGGAUAUUUCUAAUAAUUUGUUUUCGGAGCCAGCCUUAUUCUUAUGUACAACCAAUAAUAGGAAUUUGAGCAUUCUAGACCUCUCCAACAAUCAAUUAUUGGGAGAGCUUCCUAACUGCUGGAUGCAUUUUGAAGGACUUAAAAUUCUUAAUGUGGCAAACAAUCGUUUUCAUGGGAAAAUCCCAAACUCAAUAGGUUCCUUACUUGGGAUUGAAAUACUAGAUUUAGGCAACAAUAGUUUCACUGGAGAACUUCCUUCCUCAUUGAAGAAUUGUACAAAGUUGAAAUUUGUUAAUCUUCGAGAUAACAAAUUGUCGGGACAAAUACCGAUGUGGUUAGGGAGCAGUCAUCCUGAUUUAGUUGUGCUUUUCCUUCGAUCGAAUCACUUCUUUGGAAGCUUUCCUUCACAUCUAUGUGAUUUGAAACAUCUUCAACUUUUGGACCUUGCUUUAAACCAUAUCUCAGGAAGUAUACCAAAAUGCAUCAACAGUCUUACUGCUUUGACUAGUCCAAUUUCAACCACUGGUCAUCUUUAUAAAGGUCCUCUGGACUUUUUCCACUGUGAUGACCUUGCAUUUUGGUUGUGGAAAGGAAGAGAUCUCUCUAGUAAUCUUGGACAAAUAAAGAGCAUAGAUCUCUCUAGUAAUAAAAUUACUGGGCCAAUUCCAAGGGAAAUUACGGAACUUGUUGGAUUGAUUUCUUUGAAUCUCUCAAGAAACCUUUUAACUAGAAGAAUCACUACAGAGAUUGGUGCGUUACGGUCAUUAGAAGUCUUGGAUCUAUCUGAGAAUCAAUUAUCGGGUGGAAUUCCUUCAAGCAUCGCUCUUAUUAAUUCUCUAAAUUUCUUGGACUUGUCAAACAAUAACCUUUCAGGCAUAAUUCCAACAGGCCCUCAACUCAAUACCUUUAAUGCCACUGCAUAUGAAGAUAACCCAAAUCUUUGUGGAUUUCCACUUCCAAAGAAAUGUCCAGGAGAAACAAAUCAAAAUCCAGCUGUGAAUAGAGGUGGUGACCAUGCUGGCAUUCAAGAGACAGAAGAUGGGUUUAUAACCCCAGGAUUUUAUGUUAGUGUGGCCCUUGGAUUUGUCAUCGGUUUUUUGGGAGUUUUUGGCACAUUACUACUAAACAGGUCAUGGCAAUUCUCCCAUUUCAAUUUCUUGAACAAUGUCAAAGAUAAGCAGGAUGUGACCGUAGUAGUGAAUAUGGCUAGAUUACGGAGGCAGCAUCAAACAUAA